AUGCCUUCCAACCUAGAGCGCAAAGCUUCGCGCAAAAAGAGGCAAACAAGAUUGACCUUCGAACUUGAUCCGACUGCGGCUGCCAGUUCGUCACCAGGAUCGAAACUCACCCCCGCCAAAGUGCGUUAUGGGACGCGUGGGAAAGAUGGAGUCUUCGCAGUCAGAACUCCACCUCGAAAGAUCAGCUUCGCCGUUGAAUCUGAUGCUACAGCCGCCAACCUCGAUGACGAUUCCGACGAGCAACCUACUUCUACAAGCUCACGAAGACGAAUGAACCGGUUUGACGGUGGCGAUGGACUUAGUAGUCCCCCGCGCACACAAGGUGGCAUGUUCUCCUCAUCGCGGGGCGUAAAUGCUAGCAAGAGUGGCAAUGAUAGCGAUGAUAGCGAGUCCUCAGACGAGCCUACUAUUCAAUUGGCCACAAGGAAAAGGAAACCCGUUACCAUAACAAUUGAGGACUCGUCGGAUGAAUUGAACAAGUCAAAUCUUGUUUUAAAACCUGCUCGGAGAAUGCGACGCUCGAAAGCAUUGUCUGAGCCUGUUCCUGAUGCAGAUCAGAGCGAUUCUGAUCCCGUGGUCAUCUCAUCCGUCGUCAGAAAGCCGGCUAGGAAUAAAACAGUACUAGGAGACAGUAGUGAAGAGGAUAUUGUGAGCCCUCGGAAGCGUGCGAGGAGAAAUUCUGUCGAUUCUUCAUCUAGCUCAGAUUCAGAUAUCAGGGCAUCACCUGCAAAGCGCCGACACACCUCCAACGGCCCUUCGAAUUCCGCAAGUAACGUGGAUUCUACACCAAGUUCUCCUGUUCAUGUCACGCGAAAAAUCACGCAAAGGAAACGUCACAGAACGCAGAAGGAAAAGGAGCUUGAACUUAUGAAGCUUAGGAGAGCGGGAGACAAGAACGCAGUUUUACCAGAUUCCGAAUCGUCAUCUGAAGAAGAAUCUGAUGCGGAACAAACGCUAGAGCAUCUAUCAGAGUUCGAAGAUGAGGAGGAAGAUGAGGAACCGGAAGAGCCAAAGGUCAGGCCAUCCAAAAAGGGGCGCGGUCCGUCAAAGAUCCAUGAGGAAGACGACGAUAACGAAGAGGAAGAUGAGGACGACUUCAUUAUUGAAGAUGACGAUGGGGCGAUCGGUAUUCCGGGUAGCUCGAACAUUCCUCUAGAGUUCACAUCUCAUUACAAUAAGCCGAUAAAAGAGCAUUUCAGAGACGCAGUAGAGUUCUUCGUUCAUAAAGAACUGAAUCCAACAUAUACGGAAAAACAGGAUUUGUUCAAGCGCGCAUUUCACAAACUCGAUUCCAAGCCAGAAGCCCUUAUGCAUAGCGAGUACAAGUCGUCGCAGUGGACUUCUCAAUUCAUUGUGGCUCUAGAAGCUCGUCCGAAUUAUGUGGAAACACCUGUAUCGGGCACGGAAUUUGGAGAAGGGAGGUGCGAGGCAUGUAAUCGCUCGAAACAUCCUCCGAAAUUCUCAAUCUCAUUCACAGGAAAGACGUACAACAAGGAGACUUUAGAAGAGAUCGAACAAGAUGAUGGUGAUGAUUCAGAUGAGCAAGAUUCCGGUGGACGUGCUGGGAGUGUUGACGGAUUGGGCCGUCGAAUUGCCCCUGAAGACAAAGAAUUUCUUACUGGUAGAUUCUGUCGUGCUAAAGCCCAAAAGGCUCACCUGCUCAGUCACUGGCGGUAUCAUCUCUACGACUGGGUUCGCGGAGAGCUAGAAAACGAACCCGAACUUGCACCCGAACGUGUCUUGAAGCACCGCAAGCUCAAACCCUGGGAGAAACGAGACCAAGUCGAAGCUAUCAUCGAGAGAUGGGAAAAUAAUGGUAAAUUGAAGGGCCUGUACCGAGAUUAUAACGAAUCGGUCAGCAAGUUGGGUGAAAUUGACGGUGGGAGUAGUGGGCGCUGGGGAUAG